UAAAUGAAAUGAAAACCAACUAAAUUCAUUAUUCUUCUCCACAGAAAACAUCAUCGCUAUCUACUCGGCCACAUCGCGAGGACGCAUGCAGCUCAUUUAUGGCGGGCAGCCGUUCAUCUUUGAGAAAACGCUGAAGCUGUCAUCGGGCGAGGAAAAGCGAUUCUGGCGCUGCAACCAAUGGUGGAACCAGAAGUGCCGCUCACGUGUGUUCACAGUCAAUGACAUUGUCUUUCCGCUGAAUCGUUUCCACACGCACGAGGAGAUUGUGCGACGCAAGAAAAGAGUUCGUCGCGUGCUGCCCGAGUCUGAGGGUGUUGCCUCCAAGGUUGUGUCUAGCAUCAGUAGGCAGCAACAGCAGGCGACACAACAGCAGCAGCAGCAGCAGCAACAGCAACAUCAAGAUAUGCAAGAGCAGCUGGCGAGUGAUGCAAUGCUGACAACCACAUUGGAGGAUGAAUCGCCGGCCACGAUUGAUGUGAACGAGCUGGGCAUGCACCUGAAGUACGAGGAAAUAGUGGCCGAUGUUACACGCAUUGAGGGCUCCAAUCGCGUGGCCACGCGCCGGAAGUGAGAUGCAAAUCUGCACCAACUCGUACUCGUAGAUUUAAUUUGAUUUUAGGGGACCCUAAGGCGACACGCUAGGACCUAGAACCUACACCACAUUCAAUAUAUGGCAAACAUUUCAGCUUCUAGCAUACACACAGUACAUACACUUAUGAUUAAACUCUCUUCUAAUAAACAUUUAAAAGCCUUUGACAGUAUAGAGUGGAUAUCCCCCCCCCCCAGCUAAGAGUAUUCCAAUACCAAACUAAACUUUACUAACCCAACGGCACACAUGUUCUCGUUUUUUUUGUUGCAGAAGACGCAGUAGCCACACACAAGUUCUACUUCACCAAGGGACAGCGGGAAUCGGUUAAGCUGAACUACGCCGGCCAUAGCUAUGUGAAGUUCAUGCAGAACAGUCGCGGCACCAAGUGGAUAUGCGCCACACGCUCCACGACCAAGUGUCGGGCACGCGUUCGCACCAAUGUAAAUAAUUCCCUGGAGAUUCUCCACGCGCCACACAAUCACGAAAUGUCGCCACAAAUGGAGAAAAGGCGCCACCGUCAGAAGAUCAUAGCAAAGUUGAAUAGAAAUGAGCCCGAAAGACGCUAGUUUAAGUGCAAAAGUAAUAAUGGUUAUCGUCAUUUUAAGCAAGUCUAAAAGUUGUAUUGCUUUAUUGCCAUAUUUAAAAUAAUUUAAAAUGCUACAAAUCCUGAGAAAAUGGCUUAA